GAAAUCAAUACGCGAUGGAAUUCGGCGCAAUUCGUGAGGAUCUGUUGAAACAAGAGACAAAAGAGACACAGGCUAGUGGUGGAGGUUGUGAUCGUGGAUCGUUAAGGAGAGUAAUCGUCGGCGGGCCGGCGAGAGAAGCUGAGCUCAAAGCUGGUACAAACCAGCGGCUAAAAGAGAGACAGAGAGGACGAGAGAGAGUCGCCGUGGAGAAGAUGGACGAUGAUGGAGGCGCAAAAAGAUGCAGAGAAGACACGAUCGGAAUCGGCCGUGCGAAAGCUGUUGGCGGUAAGAGAGGCCCCGUUUGUCGCUGGAUUGCCUUGCCCGUCGCCUGUCAGUUCCCACCGCCCGUUGCAGCCCGUCCAAGGCGCCCGCUUCAAGUUGCGCUCACCGAGGAAGCUGGAGAAGACCCCAAGCUCACGGCGAUUAUCGCGAGUGGACAAGCAGCCAGAGAGGCCGCUGUGUACGAGGAUGCGCUCAACGUGAGAGGCGGAACGAAGCCAGAAAGCGCAGCAAGCCGCGGCAACGAGUCAAAUUUCGCGAGCGCGCGGCGUCGCUGUGUUCCUGGCCGCCAGGGGAUCCCGAGGAGCCGGUGCGGUGCGGAUAUGAUGAUAUCGAGUAUUCCGUGUUGCUUCUAUUUCUUGGGCGAGAAGAGACAAGACGCAGACCCUGCCUGUCGCUGA